CUUCCGGCUGUGACGUGAUUGGCUGAUUCUAACCGCGCAGACUGCUGGGAAAGCGCGACGUUCAAAUCUGUUUCCGGUUUCUGUCUGCUUCGGCCGAUUAACAAGCCAGACAUGGAACGACAUCAAAACAGAGAGACAAGGACUCCACGCAACAAUGUUGUCGUCCACAGGAGGAGGAAAAGCAAGAGCUACCGGCUGUCGUACCGCAGCGGCCUCGGUGCCGCCGACUCACGCCUCGGCUGGUCUCCGGCAUUGACGGCACGGAGACUCAACACCAGCAGGAAGGCCGCAGGGAUAAGCAACAUCGCCGAGAGGGUGGAUCCGGGGCAGCUGGCCUUGCUGGUGAAAACGGAGUGGCAGCUGUCGUACGUCACUCCUCUUCAUCAGUUCAGACACACCCAGCUGAAGAGCUACGCCCGGCAGCUCUCUGCGUUCAUCGCCGCCGGGAAGCAGCAGGGUUUGGCGGUUGAGGUGGAGGGCUUGCAGACGACCUUCCGGGUCUCCUUCUCUCUGGUGCAGGGGAUGACGCAGUCGGACGAAGAUGCCGAGAGCGUCCUCGUACAGAUCCACUCAAAGCGGCUGUUUGCCAGGCAGGACGAGCCGCAGAAGCCAGUUUGGAGCGGCUGGCUGACCUGCAUCAACGGCAACCCCGACUACCUGCGCGCGCUUCCAAAGGACUUUGUCUGCCUGCCGCUGUUCGGCUGCAGCGGGGCCGACGGACUCUCCGCGUUGGUCAAGUCGUGGUUCCAGCAGUCCUUCGACUGCUGCUUCGGCCUCCUGGAGAUCAGCCACACUAGCCUGCAGUGGCUGAUGGCGUUGUGGACCAACUGCCACGCGGAGUCCGGCAUCCAGCACCUUAAAAUGAUCUGGACUCUUCCGGCCGCGCCACCGCUGCAGGUCACCUACACGGUCGACCCGGAGGACGCAUGGGAGCUGUGGAGCAGCGUGAGGAAGGGGAAAGGGGGAGGUGGUGGUGGUGAGGAGGAGGAGGAGGCGGGGGAGAACUAUAUCGACAUUGAGGAGGUGACGAGCUUCAUGCAGGGGCUGAAGAGCCACUUCUACAGACACUUCAGGUUGGAUCUGUCAGCGGGAAGCCUGAACCAGGUCUCCACAGCUCUGGGCUCAGCCAAGUACAGCGGCAGAAUGAAGAUCUCCAACAGCCGAUACAUGAUCACCACCCUGACGCUGCUGACCGAGUGCGCCCUCCUCAAAAUGCCCAUCUGAUUGAACGGAUACAGACUUUGAUGCCACCAGAGAAUACAAUAGCAGCAUUCAUUUGGCAAAAGUUACUUCAAUUGGUUCUCGUUUUUAUUAGAAAUGAAGCCAAACAUUAUUUAUCUUUAAUAUUUAACAUCAAAUGACGAGAAAUAUCUUCCACAAUAUUCUCUUCCAUGAAAAGUUUUAUUCUUGCUCUGGUCAUUUUGGUGUCGUAAAGCAAGAAAUUACAGAAAGUCUUGUGGCCAUGAUGAAUAUUGAGGUAAACCAGUUUUGUUGUCUUUUUAAUCUCUGCUGGUAAACAUCCUUGGGUUCCAUUUCUUAUGAAUGCGAUCGCAUGUGUAUAUACUUGUCUAGAUGUACAUUUUUGUAAUUUAUAAAUAAAAGCAAAAAAGGUUUGACUGGCA